GACUGUUUGUCAUCUAAUUUAGAAAUCUAUUUUUUUUAUUAUAAUAUUAGUUAAACCCGUUGUUUUAUUUAUUUUAUAAAUAUGUCUCGACCUGGCGAUAGACCAAAUCAAGCUCAGACAUAUAAACUUGUCGUGGUCGGCGGUGGCGGGGUGGGAAAAAGUGCAAUUACAAUACAAUUCAUUCAGAGUUAUUUCGUGACUGAUUAUGACCCCACCAUUGAGGACAGUUAUACUAAACAGUGUGUCAUUGAUGAUUCACCAGCAAAGUUGGAAAUUCUAGACACGGCUGGCCAGGAGGAGUUCAGUGCUAUGCGCGAGCAGUACAUGAGGUCCGGCGAAGGAUUCCUCCUGGUGUUCUCAGUGGCAGAUCACGCGAGCUUCGAUGAACUUUACAAAUUCCACAAGCAGAUCCUUCGUGUGAAGGAUCGAGACGAAUUCCCCAUGCUCAUGGUUGGGAAUAAGGCAGACUUGGAGUCGCAAAGAGUGGUAUCACUAGAGGCGGCUCAAGCCCUCUCGCGUCAGUUGAAGGUUCCAUAUAUAGAAUGUAGUGCGAAGGCGCGCAUGAACGUGGACCAGGCGUUCCAUGAGCUGGUGAGGCUCGUCCGCCGCUUCCAGGAGGCCGAGAGGAUCAACAACAAAUCAAAUUAUACACCCCACAAGAAACGGACCUGCGUUAUGUUGUAACAGAAGACUGUGGUAAGCUUUAAUUAUAUAUAUCUAUGUAUGUAUUUUAUUAACAAAAUCCAAUUCAAUUGUAUAAGUAAAAUGACGUACAUACGUACAAUUUGUACAAUACUGCAUUAACUUGAAAUUGUAUAAUUUUUUAAAUUUGACUUUGGGGCAUAUUCCGGUACAUUAAUCACGUCUUUUUAUUAGCAUUUUUUUAACAUAUACUCUCCCCCUACCCUACCCAUGGUGGGGAGGUUUAGUACUAACCCUCCCAAACUCAAUCACGUGUAUCUUUAGUACCUACUACUUCUCGAGCCAUACGUGAUUAAUGAUCGGCCUCUUUAAAGCUAAAACUUUAAGAUAUUCCGAAGUUUGUAUUUUUUUAGUUAAUCCGGUAUGGUACUAACAUAAGUGAUAUGUUUUUACAAACCCAUGUAUCGAUUAUGUAACUCAAUUGCGAUGAAUGUGCGUUUGAAAUUGACUGACACGGUUUUGAGGUUAUGUUUCAGUCAUUUGACAGCUACAGUUGCAAAGCAUACGACUCGGUUGGCGUCUGAAAUUGUCAAAUGGAUUAUAUGUAAUCGGAAAUUUGUCAAUUUAAAUAUCAUAAAAUGUAUUAAUAAUUUUGGUAUCUUGACCAUAUUUUUUUAAUUGGUAAUUAUGAAUAAUCGGGAAUAGGGUAUACUGGCACCAGUGAAAGGUGAUACAAUGAGGAUAUUGUAGUUUUAUUUUAUACGUGUACAGAUAAAACGAAAAACUAUAGAAAAAGACUUGGAAUACAGAUAUAUAUAUAUUGGUAAAAUUAAUGACAUAACAGAAUUUGAAGUAUAGAACAAGAAUGUA